AGUGGCCGAACAACAGUCCUAACCUCUUAGGGAUACACUCUUUGUCGGUGUUGUAAAAAGUACUUCUUCUAUUUUCGCGUAGUUUCCCAAAUUCCGCCAAAAUGCCUUUCAAUGUAAUGAUACAGCUGUGUAACAUCACAAGACAGAGUAAACUAUUUCAGAGAAAUUUCUUCCUUCCAUUGCUCAAGCCCCUAUCACCAAAAGACGCACUUCGGAUACACAUCAUAACUGGUAAAGAUGUCUUGGUCAAGGCAAUUGAGCAUUGGAUUCCAGUUUUGGAAGAGUACGCCUGUCGGGUGCAAAGAAGAAGACAUAUGCCUAAGGGGAAAGGCAAAAAACGACAACGGAAAAAGGAAUCGAUGAAAUACGUGAUGCCCUUUUUCGAUGACAUGAUGGAAAAUCAUCCGAAACUUGAAAAUUUGAUUAUACGAAAACCAAAGGGUCGCGGCCAAUGUUACACUUAUUAUAUCCCCGAGAAAAAGUGUACCCUGGUCCUGACUUAUCAAAUGGAGAAAGCUAUUAGAGACAAAGAUAUCGUUGAUAUCGUAAUUGCACAAAGACACGAGAAAAUACUGGUGAAAAUGAGAGACGGAACUAAGGUGGUAAUGCCCCUUUGCCCUUACAAUGGCCACGCGCCAUUCUACCGAGGAGAAGGAUGGACCCGCAAAGACAUUGAGGAAUACCAUCAUCACGGACGGGAGACAUUCUCCAUUGCUCAAUUGUUCGAAGCGAAAGAGGCGGGAAUAGAAGAAUGGGAGCUGGAAAUGAUGCGGAUGGCCAACAAGCGGAAAAAGAAAAUGAAAGGAGAAGACUCCAGGGAUUGGAAGGAUAUGUUAAAUUCCACAGUAAACAACAUGGAUUGGGAUGCGUUUGAAGAAGAAUCCAAACAAAUCGUUGCCGAAUCAAAUGAUCCGGUAGACGACGAACCAAUUUCCAUGCAACUGGAUGACAUAGAAAAAACAUGCGAUGUAAAUGAAAAGCUAAAGGCGGCAGGUGACGAAAUAAUGUCUCUUUUACCAACGAUGCCCGAGAUUCCGCAAAUCCUUAAAGUCAUGAAGGACCAAAGUGAAUUUACAGAAAUUGCAAAUAUUUCCGGGGCACGGGUCAGCUUGUCUGCCGGCAGUGACCGAUUUGUCCCAGGUCAAAUGGUGACAUCAGAGGACGGCGAGUUAUUUGUGCCCGGACAAACUGUUGUAAACGAGUCAGGUGAUAAGGAGUACACACCUGGCUUUACGGUAUUAUUAGAUAACGAGCCCACUCUAAUUCCCGGCUUGGUAAUGGGCAACGAUCCCGACAAAUCCAUGUUCUUGCCAGGAGAAUCAACUAUUACAGAGGCUGGCGAAUUACAGUUCGCCGCGACAGAAGACGACAUCAUUCCACAUCCGCCAACUCCGCCCCCCGAGGAGAAGGAGGUGGAAGAAGUUGAGUUGGAAGAGGAUCAGAAUAGUGAAGAAGAGGAGGUCGAACAGAGACCGCCCCCAAAACGGGAAAGGAAAGAGCUCACUUACGAGCGACCUAAGCGCGAGUUCAAUACGGAAAAUAUGGGUCCCAAACAUCGUGUGCGUGGUCCGAAAAAAGUAGCCCCGGUCGUGAUAAAAACAGAAGAAACCCCUGAUCCGGUUCGACGCAAAACCAUAAUAGAUGCAAAGAUUUUCGAUCUUCAAACUCCAACGUUCGAAAAAGACUUUUUAGAACAGGAAAAGGAACGAGUUGAAGCUUUCAAAGAGAAAUCGGGCAAGGAGGAAGCAAAGGUCGAUAAACAACGCCGCGAAAUAAAGCUAAAAGUGAAGAAAUUAGUAGACAGUAGACCUCCACCUCCAAAAUAUGAACCUCUAGAACCGGUGAGAAAAAGCGAAAAAUUGCGUGAAUUCGAGAAAAGCAUCAAAAGAGGAAAGUUCUUCGACGUUGAUUAUAAAAAGUACUUGACCAAGGAAUACACCGGUCAGUUCCAUUGGUUGGACACAUACCAAUAUAGAAAUACCUUCGAUACGGUGGGGAUUAUGCGUCAUCGUAUCUGGAAAUCCGUCUAUUAA